AUGAACCAAGAAGAAGCUAUAUUCCGCUCAGCGGACAUGACAUAUGUCCAGCUGUACAUACCGUUGGAAGUUAUUAGAGAGGUGACUUUCUUAUUAGGGAAAAUGGGUGUCUUUAUGGUAAUGGACCUAAAUAAAGACUUGACAGCUUUUCAGAGGGGUUAUGUUAACCAGUUGAGGCGGUUUGAUGAAGUGGAUAGAAUGGUGAGUUUCUUGAAUGAAGUAGUAGAAAAGCACGCCGCAGAAACCUGGAAGUAUAUUUUACACAUUGAUGACGAAGGAAACGACAUCGAUCAGCCCGAUAUGCUGGAACUCAUCAAUACUAUGGAACUACAGUCUUUGGAAAGCGUUAAUGACAUGGUGAAGGAAAUCACUGAGUGCGAAUCUCGUGCAAGACAAUUAGACGAGUCUUUAGAUAAUCUUCGGAUCAAACUAAACGAUCUUUUAGAGCAAAGACAAGUAAUAUUCGAAUGCUCAAGAUUUGUUGAAGUUAACCCAGGGAUUGCUGGAAGAGCCAGAAAUGCUGAAAUCGAACGAGAAGAAAUGGACGUGGACGACUUCAGGCUAAAUCCGGAUGAUGUAAGCGAAACAUUAAGCGACACUUUUUCUUUUGAUGAUGGAAGUUCAGAGAACUUAAAUACUCCGAGAAAUAAUAUUAUUAGAAACCGAUCGACCGAAGAUCUAAGCUUUUUAGAGCAAGGAUACCAGCAUAGAUAUAUGAUAACUGGUUCCAUCAGAAGGACUAAGGUAGACGUAUUAAACAGGAUACUGUGGAGGUUGUUACGUGGUAACUUAAUCUUUCAGAAUUUUCCAAUAGAGGUGCCGUUGUUGGAAGGCAAAGAAAAGGUGGAGAAGGACUGCUUCAUCGUUUUCACUCAUGGUGAAACACUGCUGAAGAAGGUUAAACGUGUUAUAGAUUCUUUGAAUGGUAAAAUUGUUUCUAUGAAUACACGUUCCAGUGAAUUAGUUGAAACUUUAAACAACCAAAUCGAUGAUCUACAAAGAAUUGUUGAUACAACAGAGCAAACUUUACACACAGAGCUGCUUGUCAUCCAUGACCAAUUGCCCACAUGGGCUGCCAUGAUGAAAAGAGAAAAAUACGUUUAUACCACGUUGAACAAAUUCCAGCAAGAAUCUCAAGGUCUAAUAGCAGAAGGCUGGGUACCUUCUACGGAAUUAGUUCAUUUACAAAACUCGUUAAAGGAUUACAUCGAAACAUUGGGUUCUGAAUACAGUACUGUCUUCAAUGUGAUCAUAACCAAUAAACUGCCACCAACAUAUCACAGAACAAAUAAAUUCACCCAGGCGUUCCAAUCGAUCGUUGAUGCAUAUGGUAUUGCUACCUAUAAAGAAAUCAAUCCCGGUUUAGCCACUGUAGUUACUUUUCCCUUCAUGUUUGCCAUCAUGUUUGGUGAUUUGGGCCAUGGUUUAAUUUUAUUUUUGAUUGCGUUGUUUUUAGUGCUAAAUGAACGUAAAUUCGGGGCGAUGCGUAGAGAUGAAAUUUUUGACAUGGCAUACACUGGUAGAUAUGUUUUGCUGUUAAUGGGUGCAUUUUCUGUAUAUACAGGGCUAUUGUACAACGAUAUCUUUUCGAAGUCUAUGACGUUAUUCAAAUCUGGUUGGCAAUGGCCCCACACCUUUAGGAAAGGUGAAUCUAUUGAGGCGAAAAAGAUUGGAGUUUAUCCAAUAGGGUUAGACUAUGCAUGGCACGGUACCGAUAAUGGAUUACUUUUUUCUAACUCUUAUAAGAUGAAACUGUCGAUUUUAAUGGGGUAUGCACAUAUGACGUAUUCCUUCAUGUUUUCUUACAUCAACUACAAAUCAAAAAAUUCUAAAGUGGACAUAAUUGGGAAUUUCAUCCCUGGAUUAGUAUUCAUGCAGUCGAUAUUUGGUUAUUUGUCAUGGGCUAUUGUAUAUAAAUGGUCGAAGGACUGGAUCAAGGAUGACAAGCCUGCUCCAGGUCUACUGAAUAUGCUAAUCAAUAUGUUUUUGGCACCAGGAACAAUUGAUGAUCAAUUAUUUCCCGGACAAGCCAAGUUACAAGUUGUACUAUUGCUUGCGGCGCUAGUUUGCGUUCCAUGGUUGUUGUUAUAUAAACCAUUAACAUUAAAAAGACUGAACAAGAACGGCGGUGGUGGUAUGCCUCACGGAUACCAAAGUGUGGAGAAUAUUGAACAUGAUGAACAUCUGGCUCAACAACGACAUUCGACAGAGGGGUUUGAGGGAAUGGUUAUCAGUGAUAUCAACAGUGUCACGGACGGCACCAACGAAAACGUUGGUGGUGAUGAACAUGGUUCUAAUGGGGUAUUCAAUUUUGGCGACGUCAUGAUUCAUCAAGUGAUUCAUACCAUCGAGUUCUGCUUAAACUGUAUCUCCCAUACAGCCUCAUACCUGCGUCUUUGGGCGCUAUCACUGGCACACGCACAAUUGUCCAGUGUGUUGUGGGACAUGACCAUAUCAAACGCGUUCAGUUCUAAGGAUUCRGGUUCGCCUUUAGCGGUGAUGAAGGUGGUUUUCCUGUUUGGUAUGUGGUUUGUCUUAACCAUAUGUAUCUUGGUCUUCAUGGAAGGUACCUCUGCAAUGCUGCAUGCAUUACGUUUGCAUUGGGUGGAGGCAAUGUCCAAAUUUUUCGAAGGUGAAGGGUACGCAUACGAGCCAUUUUCAUUUGGUACUAUAACCGAGUAA